CUGGGCAGUUGUCAUUCGGUCGCGACACACGGUGCAUGUUUCGAUAUCGAUAUUUUCACGUGCCUACGUCAUACAACAUAUAAUUAAUGUGGACAAGUCGAAAUGCAUUUAUUGUGUGACCGGCGCGAGCGUAAGUCAGUCGGCAAACGUUGUUUUACGUAUAGUGUUGUAGUGUUUUGAAAUGGCACGGAUACACGGUUUCAUCUUCUUGUUUUCCGUAAUGUCAAUAUCGGCCUACAAAUACAGACAGAAUGACCAGCAGGAUUCGCCUCACAGUCACCCACAGAAAUAUCUGGCAGAUGAACCGAAUCGCAUGAGUGAAAGGUCGAUUCACAACACAGACCACAACCAAAGACUACAAUCGAGGAGUUCAACGAAAAUCGAGGAAGCAUCCCGAACUGAAAAUGGAACUUUCAAGAUCUUGAACAAACCAUUCUCGAUACACAGACGAUUUGCUCAAACGGACGACUCUCCGGGAGACAGGGUGGUGUUCCCGGGGCUGACCUCAAGGUCAGGCGUAAACCCAUACGUCCCAGAAAUCCCGGAGUCGUGCAAGAAAAUAGGCAUCUGUGACGAGAUACCGAAUUACCCAAGAGAACAAGUAAAAAAGAUCGUUGCUAAGUUGGGCGAGAAAACAGAGUUUCAAUUCGACAAACUGGACUUACCUUCGAUACCGGAUAUCGCCCAGCGGGCAGGCUCAUUCGAAGACUCGUACGAACUAUGUGACUUUAGAGUUAAGAUUAUGACUCCACUGGCAGCUCAAUCGGAUGAUCUCAAAUGGUACCAUGUAUUGAAUUUUAACGAAAAUCCACUACAAGGUUUCAGGGUCGAGAUAUGCAACACUACGAGUACCGGUUGCGCGAAAUUCGUGACGAUGGAAAAUAACUACAAUCCGAAAUGCGUUCAGAAGUUUAUAUUCAGAAAAAUGAAGAUCCUAAGCGAAAGCGGCGAAAUGAUCGAGAGGUCCAUGAAAGUUCCGAGCUGUUGUUCGUGUGUUGCCACGCUACUCGGUUAAACUGUACAUGUGCGAGUACCUGUGCCUGUGUGUGUGUGUGUGUGUGCGCGUUAAAAUCAUGAAAUGAGAUUACGAAAAUUUAUUGCUCAAAAACUUUUGAGGAACGAACUUUGUUAAAAGACUACCCGUCUUAAAUAUAUUUAUUUAAAGAAACUA